GCCGACAUCUGCCUCUCGGCAUGUGUCUUCUCUCUCUCUCGCUCGCUCCCAGCUCUGUCUCUCUCUCUCUCUUUCUAUCUCUCUCGCCUUUCAUCAUCCCCCCCCCCCUCACUCAUCUCCUCUCCUCUGGCCUCUUGAAUCACCCUAUCCUCUUGUCUAAACCCGUGGCUCCUGCAACCCCCACACCUCGUCAUCAUGGACAGCGACGACGCAAUGGACGACAACGGGUUCGACCUCGGACACGCCUUCACCGAGGCCAACGAGACUCCCUCCUCCGGUAAAGCUACACUCAAGCGCGGUGACGCGUGCUUGGCCUGUCGUCGGCGCCGAAUUCGCUGCAACGCCGCCAAGCCGGCCUGCGCGACUUGCGUCCGCCUCAAGAAGGACUGCGUGUAUGAGACGGGCAAAAGCACAUCGCGCAUCGCGCAGCUGAAAGCGCGAAUUGCCGAACUGGAGUCACAGCUGGCCUGUCGCUCGCCGGAGCAACAAUCCAGCGGAGGCGAGCAGAGCUUGCAGCGUCGUGGUUCAUCUGCCGAGGGGUCUGUUCCACAGUCAAGCGCGGGCCACCAGACCGGAUCAGGCUCGCCACAUGUUCCGACCCACCAGCUCGCCCACCAGCAGCAGACUCAGGAGAAUCGCUUCCAGGUUUCUGCGUCCUCCUCAAGCCAUGCUGGCCAUACAAUCUCUCCCUCAGCGCUGGCCACCCAACGCAGAGAUGGAUUGCUGCCCGUUCCUGCAGACGGCUACGCGCACGGUCCUCGAACACCGAGAAGCCCAGUCCGUACCCCGCAGGCUCAGCAGCAGCAACAGCAUUACUUCUCCCACCAGCAUCAGAAGGACCAGCAUCAUAACAACCCACAGCAACAUGAGCAGCAACAUAUCACCCACAACGGCAACAAUCAUCACCAUCACCAGAACCCCCAACGGCCGGCGUCGGCCUCGUCCUUCCCUUCGACACCGGCGCCGAUGACCUCUGGUCACACGCACUCGGACACGCUCGGCACAGUGCUAGGUGCAACCCCUCGCUCAGGGCGCACACCAUAUCCGCAAAGCACAGGGCCGAGGCCCCUCGGCGCUCCCGACCCAAACUUCGACUUUGACCUCUCCUUCCUCGAUCAGCCUGUGUCUGAGCUGAGCGCCGCCAUGAUGGGUGCGUCAAUGGCUCAGAACGACCAGAUCGAUAUGGUCGCGCUGAAUCGCCGGUAUCAUGGCAUCAGCGCAAGGUCCGAUGUCACCGGUGUGCCUAUGAAAUCGCCAAGACCAGGCACUCGUGGGACGCCAUUGCCUGACUCGGCGGAUAGUCCUCUGGGACAGGCGCAACCCGGGGAGGCCCCGGCCCUCCUCAAUAAGAUGAUGGGACAAUUCCUCAAGCAACACCAGCAGCAAAGCGUCUCGUAUUUUGAAGAAGACGAGGAUGCUGAAAUGGAGUUCCUUCCUUCGCUUGGCGAUAUCGAGAUCCUACCCUCUUUGCCGCAGGGGCGUGAGCUCGUCGGAGGUUGGUUCGACCCUCAUGACAUCCCGCCAGCUGUCCGUGAUCAUCUCCUGGACCUAUUCUUUUCCAAGACCAACGCCGGGAACCUCUUCCAUGUGGUCUUCCAUCUGCCACGACUCUACUCUCGUUUAACAAUGCCGCCAAACAAGCGUCCACACCCGUGCCUCAUGUACGCGAUGUACUCGUGCGCAGCCCGCCUCUCGUCUCAGCCAGCUAUCAAGCAGCUUGAGGGGCAGUUUUACAGCAUUGCCGAAAAGCAGAUCCGUUUGGCCAUCAAGAAUCACGAUCGCCUGUUGGACGUAGUGCGUGCUAUGGCGCUCCUGGUCUCGUACCUCUUUGCAAAGGAGCAGUACAGUCUCGGCUACCACAUGACGGGCACGGCCGUGCGUCUGGCCAUCUCGUGCGGGCUUGAUCGAAUUCCAACAUCUGUGUGGUCGCCACCACCUCCGUUCAAUGCUGCGAUCCACUGCACCUUACGCAUGGGAGGAUACGCCCUUCCUCCGCCUGAGGAUCCGAUUGACUUGGCAGAGCGCAUCUAUGCCUUCUGGGCUGUGUACGAAACAGAUUUGUGCACGGCCGUUGCCUACCUUUGGCACUCGGGAUUCCCAAUUGACGAGAUCCGCACCCCAUUGCCGCGGCCCAUGAUCGAGUACGAGCUUGGUAUCGUCUCUGAGAAGGACGACGUCCCAAUCGGCUCAGUGUUCGGCGCUACACCACCUCCCUACAACUCGGACACGUCCUUUAUGGUCCUGCGCAUCAAGGCCGUCACCUUCCUCGCUAGAGUGCUCAAGUUACGGCAGGACAAACCUGAAAUCGAGCAGCCGCAGGUGGCACCAGCGACGCCUGAGCCGCACGGCUGUUCCUACCCCGGGUCACCAUUCCCAGCACACAUCACACAUCCACAAGGAUUUGCGCGCCUCAAAUCCGGCCUGGAUAGAUUCGUGGCAUCGCUUCCGGAAUACAUGCAGCCACCCUGGCAGUGGGAUUCAGAGGACGACCGCGACCUCAGCCUCCCCCGCGUUCAGAUUGGCCGCGACACCUCCAUUAUCCACUUCCUGAUCGGCAACGCCUACAUGCAGCUGUGGAACGUGCGUGCCCUGGACGCCGAAAACACUGUCGCCAUUCUCAUUGCGCGCCGCCUUGUCAACGUCAUGUACCUCUUCCAGACGGAGCCUCUUAGCACAGGCUACGACAUCUUCAUGAUCACCAUCUGGAACGAGGUGGCCAUGAUCUUGCUGCGUGAGGCAAAACGCCUCCAGUAUGUCGGUGACCACGAGAAAGCUGCCCUCAUCGAUGCCGAUCUUGGUGUAGCCAUCACUGCGCUCAAGAAAUGGGGAGAUGUCGACCUCGCCAAUGAGCAUGACGGCGCGGACAUUGCCGCCAUGAACGGCAAAAUGCUUGACCAGCUACGAGCGAUGAGCGAGCAGGACUGGGCUGAAGCGGUGGCAGAGAGCCAGCGUCGUUACGGCGGGGGUGCGCCUGGAAGCCCAGGCGUAGCAUCUGCGGCCAUGGCCGGUUUGGCAAGCAUGACAUGUCCUCAGCGGGCCAGCUGUGGCGCGACGCAAAGCGCGUUAAAUUGAGCUUGCCCCAGGUAAUUUGUGAUGGUUGUAACAUGCAGGAUGUGUAUCAAUAUGGCCGCGGGUUCCUAAUGUCUAGA